AUGUCGCUGGUCAAUCAAAAAGCAGCAGCUCGUCAAUCUCAGCUGAACACAAACAUUGUCAGCAGUUUGAGUAGUGAGGUUGCAACACUAAAUGUGAAGAAUGAAAAGCUGGCGAACAAAGGUGCAGCAAACGGUUACUGCCCGCUAGACGGAAACGCUAAGAUUGCUGCUGGGUUCCUGCCUGCCGAUGUAAUGCAGCUGAAGGGUACUUGGAAUGCCAAUACGAAUACCCCCGAUUUGAGCGCAGUUACUGCGGAUCUGGGUGACAUGUACAUGGUCGGUGUGAGCGGAUCAACCGAGCUUGAUGGUAAUGAUGUUUGGGUGGCUGGUGACCGUGUAUUGUAUGAUUCAACCGGUAGCUGGAAGCGUAUCCAAGCUAGCUUGAGUGAUGUUAAUGUGGUAGCGCCCGCUCAGGACCAGGUGCUUGUCUAUGACGGUGGUUACUGGAAGAAUAGUGCGGAGGCAAAGUUACACAAGCUGACGGUUGAUGCUGGCUCGGUGGCUGGUCCUUCCGUUACGUUUGACGGUGCUACAGACACUGGGUUGUUCCUGGAUGGCGGUCAGCUGGCUAUCGCUGUUGACGGUGUUCAAGCUAUCGCUGUUGGCAAUGCGGGAGUUGAGAGUUACAUGCCGCUCACUGUUCCUUCCACUUCUGUCGCUAAUCCGGCAUUGAAACUCAGUGGUGCAUCGACUGGCAUCUAUGGCAGUGCUACUUUGAUGGGACUGAAGGUUAACAGCGUGGACAGCCUACAUGUUACUUCAACCGGGUUGGAUUUGAACGGUCAUACCGUGACAAACGGUACAAUCUCUCUCCCAGCUGGAUCAGCUGGCUCUCCAUCCUACACAUUCAGCACUACCACUAACACUGGCAUUUACAGUGGUGGCGCUGGGCUUGUGAGCAUUUCAAGCGGUGGUACCAAGCGCGCUGAGGUGAGCGGAACUGGACUUGCUGUAACCGGCACCAUCACUGGAAGCUCUUCAAUCUCCACGGUGCUGGUUGCCAAUGGCUCUGUGAGUGCUCCUUCUGUGGCUUUUACGAGCGAGACUGGUUUGGGUUUGUACAGGUGGACAACCGGUGUCACAGCGACUGGUACAGUGGGCGGAAACCAGGUGAGAGCAUCAACAGCGUUUGAGGCUGCAGAUGGUUCAGCCGCUGCACCGUCUAUCACUUUCACUUCAGAGAAUGACAUUGGUCUCUAUCAUAGCGCAACGGACGAGAUUUCUGUGAGCACGGGCGGUGCACAGCGGUUGCGGGUGAGUAAUUCGGUCACCCAGGUCUACAACACACUUAGAGUGCCGACUGGUGGCUCAGCAACUGCUCCUGCAUUGCUGUUUGAUGAUGGUGCUGCGGUUACUGAUACGCUGAGUGCAGCUACACUGGCUUUGAGUGGUCAAACCGGAAUGAAGUGCAAGAUCUUCACUGGUACCACUGCGGGCACUACUGCUGGUUCAGUGGUUGUUGCGCAUGGUUUGCCCGACAUUACCAAGGUUGUCAUGUUGACCGGCACUAUCACACUCAGCACAGGUGCUGUAGUUCCUACUCUGUCAGCAAACGGUGGAGAGUAUGUGAUCCCGUAUCUAUCGGGCGCAAAUCUUACGAUCGGAAAUGGUGCUGCAUCUUCAACAGCAAAUGGGCGACCCUACCGUGUGGUGGCGUGGUACACUGUGUAA